AAUUAUAUAAUUUUUAAUUUGCUUUUUAGGCUUAGGCUCAGCACUUCCGGCAGCUCAUCAUUCCAAUAAUCACGCCCAAGGCAAAGGUUAUAACGUGGGUCAUUUUGCUUUUCUUACUUUAAUUUCCGAAGUACGGGACGGAUUUAAAACGUUUGAUACCAAAUGUUAUCUUCCCAAUCAAAAUCCAGUCCAGUCGGGAGGAUGGCACUAGAUUUCCGCCGAACUUAGUUUGACCCAAAGAUUUCUCACCUUUUCUUAGGUAUUCUUGGCCACCACGUAUCCCACCAAACAACCGACUAGAAAUAGGGAUCCUGUGAUUGCGCGGACAUCUAAUCCGAAAUCCUUUGAAGAUGUGCGACAAGCCAGCCUGCCCCCCGCCCCCUCGGUGCUGUCCUCCGCCACCGCCCCCCUGUCGUCCGCCUCCCACCUUGUGGCAGAAGUUGAACUGCGUUCCGUGCAACCGAUUCGUGUUCUUCAUGAUCGGGGCGGGCAUCGGAUUAUACUGGGACCAAAUGAAGAAGGAGGCCAAGAAGGCGGCCGAGGAGGCCCAGAAGUCGCCCAAGGAGAAGGAGAAGGAGGCCAAGGAGCGCGAGAAGAAGCAGAAGGAGAAGGAGAAGGCUGACAAGGAGAAGGCGGAGAAGGAGAAGAAAGAAAGGGAGAAGAAGGAGAAGGAGAGCAAGGGCAAGGAGAAGGGUAAAGAGAAGGGCAAGGAGGGCAAGUAACCGAUCUUAAGGAUGGUCCCCCAAACGGAGAUGUCAAGGAGCAGGAUGCUUUGCCUCAAAAUUCGAAUCAAAUCAUAUCGUUUCUACACUUCAAAAAUUUCAAGUGCAUUAUAUGGCCUACUUAACGAUUACUUUUGGUCAGUCCAUUGCCGAGUUGAUGGAAGGCUUCUUUAUUUACUAUCUAGUGUCCAGCCUAAUACUUCCAAAUCAAGUAACAAGAUCGGAUGGAAAAUUUAACUGGAGAAAAGAAAUGGCUUUGCAAAAAUUGGAUAACCAUAUAGGGCUUAAAAAUAUACAGCACCCUAAAAUUCAAA